AUGAAUAAUAGUUAUUGAGUCUUGAACUCUUUGGGAGAUUGCCUGUUUCUCAAAUUACAGGUUUUCUAUCAGUAGUAUUGGCUCCUUCUAUUUCUUUAUAAUAAACAUACCAAAAUCUGAGGGCUUGUGGAUUUCCCACUAUCUAACUUUAUUAACCACCUACCUAUUGAUCAUUAUACAGAAAUACAUACUAUAUAUAACACAUAGGUGGGAUUCUAUCUUCCACAAGUAACACUUCUUUUAUCAUUCUUUGUGAUAUAAUUUUCUCAUUCUUUCUUUCACUUUCAUAUAUGGAUGGAAAUAAUGAUGUAUGCAUUCCGGUUUCUGAGAACAAAUCUGAACAAGUGCAUGGCCAAGUGUCUAUAGAAAAAGAAUUUGACUACUCACAAAGAGGACAGUGGCUGCGUGCUGCUGUUCUGGGAGCCACUGAUGGUCUAGUCUCUGUCUCAUCUCUGAUGAUGGGUGUUGGAGCUGUCAAACAAGAUGCGAGAGCCAUGUUUCUUACAGGCUUUGCUGGCUUAGUUGCAGGUGCAUGCAGUAUGGCAAUAGGUGAGUUUGUUUCAGUCUACUCCCAACGAGAUGUAGAGGUGGCUAAGAUGAAGAGAGAUAAGAAAAUAUCAGGAAACGAGGAGGAAAGUGAGAAGGAAGCACUCCCGAAUCCCAUUCAGGCAGCUGCAGCAUCGGCCCUUGCAUUCAUGUUGGGGGCCAUCAUGCCCUUAUUGGCUGCUGCUUUUAUAGUGGAUCAUAAGGUUAGGCUGGGGGUGGUGGUAGCCACAGUGAGCUUGGGGCUUGUGGUUUUUGGGUGGAUUGGGGCUGUUCUUGGGGGGAGUCCGGUGGUAAAGUCUUGUUUUAGGAUUCUGGUUGGAGGGUGGAUGGCUAUGGCUAUUACUUUUGGACUGACCAUGGGGAUAGGAUCUACUGUCAUGUAGUGUUACACAAGAUUGUAUUUUCACCUUUUUAAUAUAGUACAGUUUGAAGCUUGAA